GCGCUGCUGGGUGCCUGCAGACUGGCUGGAGCGGCAGUCGCCGGCAGUGCACCCGUGGCGACGCGCGCCCCGCAGGCUCUGCACCACCAGCCACUCGCGACAGGAAAUGUUAUGAGCCGGCGAGUGAACCGCAACCAACUUUAUGGACCAAAUAAAAAUACGUGUGACUGAGUGAUAAAGUGAGGAAGUUAUUGUGCAAUUAUUCAGAGUUUCUGGCGCUCAUAGAUGCGGGGGGCAUGGUGAUGGUGACCGGGGCGUGAGGGUCGCGGGGCAUGGAGGCGGUGUGCGGGCGGGGGGACGCGCCCUGUGAGGUGGCCGCCCUGGCCGCGGCGCUGCAUGCCCUGCACCUGUACUGCGCCGCCCUCGCCGCUGCUCUCAUCAUCUGCUGCGCGCCGAAACCGCCUGCUUGGUACGGGCGGGUGUCAUGGCGUGGCCAAAACGCGCGUGGCGUGGCGAGCCUGGCGCUGCUGGCGGUGUGGGCGCUGGGCGCAGCUGCAGCGGUACUCCGGACCAGCGCGAGGGUGUCCCUAGCCGCGGCUCUACUGGCCCCGGCUGGCGGGCUGGCGGCCGCCGCACUGCACGUGGCGCUGUGGUCCCGCCGCGCCGCCGCGCCCCUGCUGUACCUCGCGCUCUACCACCUGCUCGCAGCCGCCGCCGCCGCCGCCCGGCUCUACCAACACCUACACGCGGGCCUCGACGUCCAGGCCAUCGACCUGCACAUACAAGCGCUGUCCUUCAUCUUCGCUAGCAUUGUUGCCAUCGUCGACUGCAUUUGUUUUUACGAUGAGGUAACUAAAAGUUUUUACAAGAACUGCAAACCGUCGGCAGCGCCCACGCAAUCAGUGCACAACGUCGCCUACGAACACUGCGACGCUCACUUCUACUCCAAAAUAACCUUCUUCUGGCUCAACCCCCUCCUGUACAGGGGCUACGAAACUCCACUAGAAAGCGAAGACUUGGGCGAACUGCCAGAAAAGGAACGCUCUCACAAACACUACCACAAGUUCAACAAAAUAUACAAAGAUCAAGUGGUAUCAAAGGAUGAGCUCAAAGAGAAGCAGAGCUUGUUCCGGUGCUACAUCCGCAUGGUUUGGCCGAACUUCUAUCUGGCGGGUAUUCUGAAGCUGUUCAGCGACGUGAUGGGUCUGGUGCCUCCGCUGGGGCUGGCAGUCAUCAUCGACUACAUCGCCGCCCCCCCCGCGCCGCCCCCCGCCGAGACCGUCACAGUCAGCGAGUUCCUCAACAAUGGCUAUGUGAUGCUACUUAUACUCACAUUAGCCUUAAUAGCCCAGGCGUUAUUGUCUCAAAAUUCUACUCACUUGGUCACGGUCGAGGGAACUCGAUUGAAGACGGCAUUGCAGGGCAUGAUAUACGACAAAUGCAUGCGCCUCGCGCCGUGGGCGGCGUCCAUGAACGACGUGGACGAGGAGUCCCCGCUGCUGAGCGCCACGCAGUCGGCGCAGGCGCAGCUGGGGCUGCUCACCAACCUCGUGUCGCAGGACACGUACAACAUCAUGUCGUGUGUGUGGAUCUGCCAUUACACUUGGGCUAUACCUUUGAAGGUGUCGGCAAUUUUAUAUCUCCUCUACACAAAGUUGGGAGUGAGUGCCAUCAUCGGAACAGUGGCAAGCAUCGUGCUCAUCACUCCUCUGCAGUUCUACAUCGGCAAGAAAAUAUCAGACAACUCCAAGGAAAUAGCCAAGUGCUCCGACCAUAGGAUAUCCAAGAUGACGGAAAUACUACAGGGCAUUAAUGUGAUCAAACUGUAUGUUUGGGAAGAUCUGUUCAACGAAAAGAUAUUGAACCUUAGGGAGCUGGAAUUGAAGCAUCUGAAUAAGGAUACUAUUCACUGGAACCUAUUGACAUUCACGACGCAAGCGUCAACGAUCCUGGUGACGUUCAUAACAUUCACGGCGUACGUGUUCCUGCACACGGCUGAAGGACUGACGGCCGUGAACGUGUUCGCGGGGCUCGCGCUGUUCAACCAGCUCACGGUGCCGCUGCUGAUACUGCCUGUUACUGUGCUUAUGAUCAUUCAGGCUAUGGUGAGUUCCAAACGAAUAAAGGAGUUCUUAGAUCUUCCCGAGUCCAAUAACGUUCAAGAAGACGAAGACAGCGACGACGCCGGCAACCAGAAACAAAAGACAAACGUUUUUAACGAAGCAUUUAUUGACCAAAAACCAGAGGACGAAGAUUCCUUCACGGAAACUGAUAAAAUAGACAAUCAAGCUGUAAAUAAUCUGGAUAAUGAUAAUGACUCGGACGAUGAAAUACCAUCGCCUACGAUAGAUGACACUCAACCUCUUGUAAAGUUUCAAAAUGCUUUAUUCAGUUGGGGAAUAAGGAACGAUAAUUCACAGAUUGAAGUUGACGAUCUAGAUAUACCGCCAGGUAAAUUAAUAAUGGUUGUUGGUGCUACUGGGUCUGGCAAGUCUUCAUUAUUGUCGGCCAUACUUGGCGAAAUGUAUUUGGAGCGAGGCAGUGUCACUUGGAACGGAGCCCGUUCCACAUGGUACGCGGGGCAGCCGCCGUGGCUGCUGGAGGGGUCGGUGCGGUACAACAUCGUGCUGGGCGGCAGCUGGUGCCGGCGGCGGUACGCGCGCGUGCUGCGCGCCGCGGGGCUGCGGCCCGACUUGCAGCUGCUGCCAGAAGGCGACGCGACAGUGCUCGGCAGCCGCGGCACGCCUCUCUCCGGGGGCCAGCGCGUACGAGUAGGCGUGGCUCGUGCCCUCUACUCCCGCGCCCGGCUGGUGGCUCUGGACGAGCCGCUAGGCGCCCUAGACGCCGCGCUGGCUCGCCAUGUGGUGGCAAGAGCCCUGGUGCCGGCGGCCAGGGCGGGCCGGACGGUGCUGCUGGCGACUAACAGGCUGGAGCUUAUGCAUUAUGCUGAUUUGAUCCUAGUGAUGGAAGAAGGCCGUGUAAGCGCAUUUGGCCGGACAGGAGGCACAGGCGGCGUGCUGGCGCGCUGGGCUCGCCUGGCCGCGGAGGCGCGCGCGGGGGCGGCGCGGGGCGCGGGCGCGGGGGGUGGGGGCGCGGCCCGUGAGCGGACCCGGCUGGUGCGGGCGUUGAGUCGAGCGACGAUACAGAGGAGGAUUGCGCAGGAUGUUUCGCUAGGCAGCUGUUCCGUGGCGGGGGCUCACCUGCUGACGGAGGUGGCGGUGUGCGGUGGCAGCUGGCGCGUGUCGCCGCCGCGCCGCCCGCCGCUCUGCCGGCAGCUCUCCUCGCCGCCGCCCGCUAACAAGGUGCGUCGCGACGUGCGGCGCGUGGUGAGCGCAGACGCGAGCAGCGCGCUGCAGCGGCAGGCCAGCUGCGUGCGCCGCUUCCUGCGGCCCAGGCCCCUCGCCAGGUGGACGCCGCGGCCGCUGCGUCGUCUGCUCAGCUCUGACUCAGACACCGUCAACGAAGACCAUGAAAAUGGUAGAACAGACGAGUCUGCAAUGGAGAGCACAUUCGCGUCCAUAACGAGUAACGGAGUGGAGACCGCCCCCGUCACCAACAUCGUGUCAGAUAAGGAACCAGCCAGACAUGUAGAUAAUGAGUGUUCAGUAUGGCUGUGCUACAUCCGCGCAUGCGGCUGGUGGGGCGCGGGCGGCGCGGCGGCGGCGGCGGGCGCUCAGCUGCUGGCCGUGGCUGCCGACUGCUGGCUCGCGUAUAUUACGACGGAGAAUGCUAAGAGAGAUAUUACACGGGAGCAGAUGUGGCAAUGGAUGUCCGGCUACGCGUUCUGGUGCGGCGGCGGCUUGUUCCUCGCCGGCCUAGCUCGGGCGCUGGGCGGCGCGGCGGGCGGCGCGGCGCGGCGGGUCCUACACGAGCGGCUGCUACACGCCACGCUGCACGCGCCGCUCGCGCACCACCACGCCACGCCGGUGGGGUUCAUGCUGCACCGGUUCUCGCAUGAUGUGCAUGUUGUGGAUUCGAAACUGCCUACAGCGGUGACAAGGUGGGCGCAACUAGCGCUGACGUGCAUCGCUGCGGCGCUGGUGAGCGUGGCGGCGGCGCCGUGGAGCCUGCUGGCGCUGGCCCCCGCCGCGGCGCUGUACCUGACGCUGCAGGGCGUCUACUUGAGGAACGCCAGAGAGCUGCAAUGCGCGGAGGCCCGCAGCGCCGCGCCCAUAGUCUCCCUCGCUGGCGAGACGGGCGCGGGCGGGGCCACCAUCCGCGCCGCGAGACUGCAGAGGCAGCUCCGGACCAACUUCCUGAACAAGCUGGACCACAACCACAAUGCGCUGCUGCUGCUCAAUGCCGCUAAUCGCUGGCUUGGACUUACUAUGGACCUAGUAGGAGCAGCAGCAGUAUGCGUAUCCCUGGCCGUAUCUGCCUGGUGCGGGGGCGGCGGCGGCGCGGGCGGCGCGCUGGCCGGGCUGGCUGGCGCCCACGCGUUACUACUGCCGUUGUACCUCGCUCAUCUAGCCAAGUGCAGGGCCGACCUGGCGCUGCAUCUCGCGGCCGUUGAACGCCUGGUGGCUGAUACUAAUGUGCCACAGGAGGAUUAUCGGGAUGAUUGUCCCAUCCCGGCGGGGUGGAAGCGCGACGGCCGCAUCUCGUUCGAGGACGUGUCCGUGACGCACGAGCCCGGCGCGCCGCCCGCGCUCACGCACGUACAGCUGGCAGUACAGCCGGGGGAGAAGGUAGCAAUCUGCGGGCGCAGCGGUAGCGGCAAGUCCACUCUACUCAUGUCAUGCGUCGGAGCGACCUCUAUCUCACGAGGCCGCGUGCUCAUCGACGGACAAGACGCCACACUAGUGCCCCUCAGAGCCCUGCGACACCGCCUGGUGGUACUACCGCAGGAAGCCAUGCUCUUCUCCACUACGCUCCGGGAGAAUCUGGACCCGCUCGGGGUCCACACUGAUAUGGAGAUCUGGAGCUGCUUGAGGGUUGUAGGGUUGUACGAGUUUGUGGCGGCGCAGUCGGCUGGGCUUGAAUGCAUGGUGGCGAGCACCGGCGGCGGCGGCGGCGCGUGGAGCGCGGGGCGGCGCGCGCGCGCCUGCGCGGCGCGGGCGGUGCUGCGCGCGCCGCUCGCCGCCGCGCUGCUAUUGGACGAGCCCGGCGCCGCGCUCGACGCGCCCAAUGAGCAGGCGCUGCUGGCGGCCGUCGCGCGUGCGGCACCGAACACUACGCUGCUUACUGUCGCUCACCGCAUGUCGUCAGUGAGCGGCUACGACCGCUGUGUGGUGGUGGACCGAGGCAGCGCCGUGGAGCAGCCCCCCUCCCGCCCCCCGCGCCCGCCCGCGCGCGACGCCUGACGCGGCUGAGCGGGCAUCAUCUUGUAUUUGCGACUGAAAGUUGAAACAUAGCCGGCCAGUCUGGAAA